AUGCCUCGAAACGUUGAAAUAAAAGCGUCCAUUGAUGAUCAUAUUAAUAAUAUAAUAGAACGAAUUCGACCAUUUGCUGAUGGUCCUCCACGUUAUUUUACUCAGAAUGAUACGUUUUUCAAUUGCCCAUCAGGCGGACGACUUAAAUUACGCAUAGAACAAGAUAGUCCAGCUCAAUUAAUUUAUUAUGAACGAAAUGAUAUAGCAUCAUUGUCCAUUCCUAAACUUUCGAAUUAUUCGAUUGCACCUGUUUCUCAUCCAAAUGAAUUAAAAUUUUAUGAUCCUCAAAUGUCCGGUUCUAUUGAUGGAACUGAUUUAAUACCACAUGAUCGAGCUAUAGAUCGUGCUUAUCAAUCAAACUACAAACGUCCACGCUGCUCUUCAUCAUUUUUUAUUGGUCAUAUUCCACCAUCUUGUGCCGAACAUGAUCUAGCACAAAUAUUUCCAAAUGCAACUCGUAUUAAUCUCAUACGGGAUAUUGUUACAUGUGAACCGCGAGGCUAUGCUUUUCUUGAUGGAAAUAUUGAUAGAGACAAAGAAUAUAAAUUUAAUGGGCAUCUACUGUUCAUUGAAGAUACUGCUUCAAAGAAUAUUUUUGGUUGGAAACCAAGACGAUGUGGAGGUGGUUUAGGAGGAAAGAAACAGUCUGGUCAAUUAAGAUUUGGAGGAAGUCAAAGACCAUUCAAAAAGCCGUUUCAUGUGACAGAACAAGAUGUUUUAUCAUUGUCAUUGGGUGGAAUACGUGGACAAGUUGAUAAACAUCGAACAUUAUUUCUGACAGGUCAUGGACAAACACGAAUACAUAUUGAUCAAGUUAAAGGCUUUGAAUCAACAAUCUUCAUUGAACUUGAAGUUAUUUUACGCGAUGAUCAAACACCUGAACACGGACAAUUGAUUGCUAAAGAAUUAUGUGAAAAAAUAGGCAUUCAAGAAGAAAAUCAUAUAAAGUGUGCUUAUAUUGAUUUAUUAUUGAAGAAAGAUUCUCAAAACGAUUGUCAUUAA